CACGUGACUGGUUUUGUACUACUAGGGCUCUCUCAGGAAGGAAAGCGAAUUCAAUACCAUUAAGAAACUAUUUCGUAUGAAAUGUGGCAAAUGAAUAACCUCUGAUGGAGAAUAGCCGAGUGAAUUUACAUAGCACUUUUGCUCAGCUUGGGACUUUGAAGAGGAACGGCUGUUUCCUUUUUACAGUACCAAAGUCAAUCAAAUAGAAAAAAUCAACCGACUUCAAGAGGAGUAAAUUCAUACAAAAUCAACCAAAUAGGAGAGAGGGUGGUGGUCCUUGAAGGUCCUGGACUUCCCUGAGAAAUGUGUCAAUGGAGAUCUGAAGAGCAAGAGUUCCAAGAAAGAGCAAUCCCUGUGUCACCAUGGUGGGGUCCUGUGGCCUACUAACCCGCCAGGAGGAGCCAGUGCCGCUAAAGAGCAUCUCUGUGACCUUGUCGAUUCGGGAGUUUGUGGCUGGUGUGUCCGCAACCUUACACUACGAGAAUGAGGAGAAAGUUCCCGUGGAGGCCUUCUUUGUGUUUCCCAUGGAUGAAGACUCUGCUGUCUACACCUUUGAGGCCAUGGUGGAUGGGAAGAGAAUUAUGGCAGAAUUACAGGAGAGGAUGACGGCCAGUGCCAAGUAUGACACUGCCAUCAGCCAUGGCUACCAAGCCUUCCUCUUGGAAGAGGACAUGUUCUCCAGGGAUGUCUUCUGUUGCAACGUGGGGAACCUCCACCCUGGGUCAAAGGUUUCACUGACGCUGAGGUACGUGCAGGAGCUGCCCCUGGAAGCAGAUGGGGCCCUGCGCUAUGUGCUCCCAGCUAUCCUGAAUCCUCGAUACCAGAACACUAGAUUGUCUGAGGACAGUUGCCUGAACAUGAAGGCCCCCAGAGUUCCUUUGGAAGACCUGCCCUACACACUCAGCAUGACCGCAGCCAUCCAUUCCCAGCAUGGCAUCCAGAGGAUUCAGUGCAACUGCCCCUUGAGUGCCAUUGAGUAUCCUGAAGCUGAAAAGACUUCUGCUCAGGUUUCUCUGGCCGAUGGACACAAAUUUGAUCGAGAUGUGGAACUCCUGAUUUACUACAGGGAUGUGCAUACCCCCAGCGUAGCUGUGGAGAUGGGGAAGCCAAACUCAAAGCCAGAUUCUUUGAUGGGGGCUCCAUCUGCAAUGGUGAGUUUCUACCCAAAUAUCCCAGAAGCUCAACCACCAAUUGCCUGUGGAGAAUUUGUCUUCCUCAUAGACUGCUCAGGAAGUAUGGCCUGCCCAAUGAGUAAAGAGGAUAAAUCUCAACUGCGCAUCGAGGCAGCCAAGGAAACACUGAUUUUGCUGCUGAAGAGUUUGCCCAUUGGUUGUUAUUUCAAUAUCUAUGGAUUUGGAUCUUCCUAUAAGUCAUUCUUUAAGGAUAGUGUGCAGUACACUCAGGAAACCAUGGAGGAGGCGGUGAAGGAAGUGAAGCUUAUGCAAGCUGACUUGGGGGGCACAGAAAUAUUGCAGCCAUUGCAGGCCAUUUACAGUAGGCCUUCCAUUCCGGAUCACCCCCUUCAGCUUUUUGUGUUCACAGAUGGUGAGGUUUGCGACACAUUCCGUGUCAUUAGUGAAGUCAGAAGCAACAAUCUGAAGCACAGAUGUUUUUCAUUUGGUAUUGGAGAAGGAGCCUCCACCAGCCUAAUAAAAGGCAUUGCCCGGGCCUCAGGGGGCACUGCAGAAUUUAUUACAGGCAAGGACAGAGUGCAGUCUAAGGCUCUUAGGGCCCUGAAACGUGCUUUGCAGCCUGUGGUAGAUGAUGUUUCACUCAGCUGGGAUUUGCCUUCUGGUCUAUCUGCUAAAAUGCUUUCCCCAGAACAGACUGUCAUCUUUAGGGGUCAAAGGUUAAUCAUAUAUGCCCAAUUGAAUGGAGUGAUGCAGCCUGCAGAAGCGACAGGAGAAGUGUGCUUCAGGUACACAUUCCAGGGCAAGAGGUUGAGCAGUAAAGUGAAGUUUUCUCUAGAGCCCAAGUUUGAUGCCAACCUCACAGUUCACCGCCUCGCUGCCAAGUCCUUUCUCCAGUCCAAGGACCUGGGCUACAGGGACACUCCAGCCAAAGAUAAGAAAGACAUCCUGAAAGUCAGCAUGGAGUGUGGAGUCAUCAGCUCCCACACAUCUUUCAUUGUUGUCAACAAGGAGGCCAAUAAGCCAAUUCAGGGGCCCCUGGCUCGUAGGGAUGUUCCAAGGCCAAUGCUAUUGGGAGCUACUUUUGCAUCGAACCGCUCUUCAUGUGCUCGUGCAAAGAACUCAUCUCCCUUUUGUCUUCCUGGGAGUCAAUCCAUGAGGAAACUGCCUUUCUCAGUCAGGGCAUGCCGCCUAAGGCCUAGCACGUCUUCUAGGGGGCCCAAGAGGGACAAGCACCUGUACAAUCUAAGUGAGCAUCUUCCUAGGGAAUUUUCCUCACCCAGGUCUCACACAUAUGCAGAACUAGAUGACUCUGAGCUAUAUGGCUCUGCGCUAGAUCCUGAAUCCGAGCUUUUGGACUUAGAUGAAGGAAGAAAUACAUGUCUUUCAGGCAUCAUUCCUGGAAGGGCUUAUUCUUCCACCAACAGCACCAAUUUGGAAUCUCACCAUACAGUCUUUGGAGAUAAUUACCUUGUGCAGUUGAUUUCCCUCCAAAAAGCAAAUGGCUCCUGGGAUCUGGAUGAAGGUUUGGCCAUUGUCCUAGGUAUGAAUUUGUCAGAUAUCCUGGCUGCUCUCCCUGUGAAGAAUGCAGAUGCUCAAAGCUGGGCUACAAUCCUGGCAGUGCUCUGGCUGCAUGCUAAUGGGAAGGACUUGAAGUGCGAGUGGGAGCUUCUGGAACGAAAGGCUGUGGCUUGGGUUCACCUCCAUGCAGGCCCCAGCAUGGACGUGCUUGUGAAAGCUGCAAUUGCUUUCCUGAAGUCACCCGUAGAUCCUGCUGUCUUUGUCCUGUAAGGGUGCCAUGGAAGACAGACAAGUGCCUCUCCUAUGCUGCUGUCCUUUCCUUUGCCCUCUCUUCUGCUGUGCUGUGCUUUGUAUUUGACACCUAGCCUAUGAGUUUGCUGAUAUAAAAGUAAAUGAUGGCCACCCUGCCUCGCCUCUACUCUGGGUUCCCUUUGGGUAUAGUCCUCUCUCCAGUAUGCACUUUCAGCCUAGUGUCAGUGGCCCUAAACCUGUUCCCUUUCUGGGAGGAAUUCAAAGCAUUUAAUAGUCCGCCCAGGCUUAUGCAAAGGUCACAUGAAAAAAUAGGUGAUAUGGACGCCAGACCAAAGGUGGUAAGUUUGAUGUCUGGGAUGUCUGAAUUAGAAAAUUCUCUGCAUUGCAUUUGUCUGUACACCUUUGAUGUUAUGUACUUAUCAGGACCAGACUGGUGAGCUGAGCAGUUUUCCAUCCUUACAUAGGAGGAAGAGCUGGAGGGGAGGUUGAAAAAACAAUAUUAGCAUCAAUAUAAUCAUAACAUCCCAAAGAGGGAGACUCAAGUUAUCCACUUCAAGUUGGCGUUUUUGUGGGGGGCCAUCGUGAUGAGUGAUGCUUGGGCUUUGCUGACCUAUAUUCCUCUGCCUGGAGGACUUGGGUUGAGUGACCACUGCUGGAGACAGCAAUUUUUUCUUAUCAUUAAACAUCCUUGUAAGGCUACACUGGAAUCCUGUCUAACCUUGAACUUGUGAGGUCUCUUAAGUCUGAUCUGUUAAGGAAAAUCAGGUUGAAAGGCAUCUUUGUCUGAGAGUUGAACCUGGAUCACUCACCUCAUAAGGCAGAAAGAUACUCCCUGUGGAUAGGUCUGAUGCUUAUGUCCCAACAUCCUGUUCUACUGGAAAUGAUCCUGUUUGAUGUAUUAUUCUCUAAACUGUUGUUCUAUCACUAUUAAAAGAACUCUGUACAAUGCACAUA